AUGCUAGCUGCUUGUUUAACGAAUAAACUUGGUAUUGGUUUGAUGCCAACCUUUGGUCUCCGUGCUCCUGAAUUCAUAAUCAGAAGGUAUCUACUUUCUCCCAGUCGCCCAAUUAAAUUAGAACUAAUUGGUCACCUGCAAAAGGCCUCUGAAUCUUUAUAUGAGCCUGGUCAAAUAUUCUUACACAAGAAAUUUGGUUAUCGUGGUAUUGUGCUACAGCGUUGGAAGGGAAAGCUGUUCGAUCGUAAUCUACAAUCUACGAAAUCAAUAGAAUUGACGUCUCAUGAAUCUCCAAAGGGAGAAGGAUCUGUAACAAAUGUUUACCAAGUUCUAACGGAUCAAAGCGACACUGAAAUUUGUAAUUCUGCUUUAAAACAUGGUAUUACUUUUUUACCUGAUGAUAAACGAGCAUUUAAUGCCAUAUAUAUAGUGUCAGAAAUGGACUAUGUUUUCCAUGAUGAUAUCAUACCUUACGUUCCGCAGGAUGUUUCGCCAAUUAGAAAUCAAUAUUUUAGUGAAUUCUUGCUUUCUACUCCAGACAAAGAUCCACCAUUUAUUCCAACCGAUCAUUUAAGACGCUGGAUUGAGGCGCGAAAGCAAAGUCUAGAAGUUACAUCGAUACAUCGCGAAGUGACCGAAGGUAUUCAAACGACAGUAAUGCCUUUUUACAUGGGCCGUCGAGUAACAGAGGAUAGAAAAGAAAAUGAUGUACGCUACUGGCGCUAUUUAAUCCGAUUAGAAAACCUCACGAUGGACCGCGUUCAACUUCGUGAGCGCUUUUUGAAAAUUUUCUCAAUAUCCGGAAACCUUGAGUCAAUCGGAGGAAAAGGAGUUGUAGGGAUGCAACCUGUCCUUUCUCCAGAAUGUCCAGUAUUUCAGUAUCACAGUCAUAUCCACUUCCCCGUGGAGUGGGCCCACAUGUGGGGAACGUUUCGGUUUGAAAAACACAAUGGUACUAGUUUAGAUGUUAAAAUACCAUCUUUCCCGCUGUAUGAUCCCACGUCUUAUUCAAACUCGAGUAACGAAAACCUUGGUUAA